CCCUCCUGCAUUCUUCUCUCAGUUUCAUCUAUGAAUACGAGCACUUCAAUGGUGUGGCUGAGCUGCUGGAGAUCUUAGGAAGCAUCAUAAAUGGCUUUGCGCUGCCCCUGAAGACUGAGCACAAGCAGUUCCUGGUUCGUGUCCUGAUUCCCCUACACUCAGUCAAGUCACUGUCUGUCUUUCAUGCCCAGCUGGCAUACUGUGUGGUGCAGUUCCUGGAGAAGGAUGCCACCUUGACAGAGCACGUGAUCCGGGGGCUGCUCAAAUACUGGCCAAAAACCUGCACACAGAAGGAGGUGAUGUUUCUGGGGGAGAUGGAAGAGAUUCUUGAUGUCAUCGAGCCUUCCCAGUUUGUGAAGAUCCAGGAGCCCCUCUUCAAGCAGGUGGCUCGCUGUGUUUCCAGCCCCCAUUUCCAGGUUGCAGAGCGGGCUCUGUAUUUCUGGAACAACGAGUAUAUCCUGAGCCUCAUUGAGGACAACUGCCACACUGUGCUGCCUGCUGUGUUUGGGACCCUCUAUCAAGUCUCCAAGGAGCACUGGAAUCAAACCAUCGUAUCUCUGAUCUACAAUGUGCUCAAGACCUUCAUGGAGAUGAAUGGAAAGCUGUUUGAUGAGCUCACAGCCUCCUACAAGCUGGAAAAGCAGCAGGAGCAGCAGAAGGCCCGGGAGCGUCAGGAGCUAUGGCAAGGCCUGGAGGAACUGCGGCUACGCCGACUACAGGGGACCCAGGGGGCCAGGGAGGCCCCCCUCCAGCGGCUUACACCCCAGGUGGCCACCAGUGGGGGUCAGAGCUAGAGAGCCUCCCAGAAAGGGAGAAGCUAAACCCAGAGCUAUCAGUCCCUCCAUCCCUCCUCCUGCCCAGGGGCCCAGAGAGAUACACACUUAUCCCUGGCCUUGCCAGAGUGGGCUCUGAGGACUCCCUGCCCAGUCCAGUGUGGGCAGUUUUUACCAGGGGGCAGACGAGGAGAGGAGAGGUGGUCUUGGCAACAGAACUCUCAGGCCCGCAUGGCAGGACUUGACCAGGGCAAGCUUGACCAGGAAGCUGCCAUCAGGGAUCUUCCCCUGCCUCAGGCCAGCACGACAUCCUUUCUCAUCCCCACCGUGGGGGUCCAUGGUCUAUUUAUUCUCGCCCUGCUUACCCUCAAUACAGACACUGUCCUGGGCCUGGGGCAUCUUCCUUCCCUCCCCUCCCUUGCCCUAUACUUCCUUGUCCCCUCUUUAUUUAUUGGGCAGGGGGAGGGGUGAGGGCACAAACAGGAACAGAUUCACAGUGUCCUGGGGUAAGGGGGGGCGGGUCACAGUAAUCAUUGCCUAUCUCCCUUCCUCUGGCUGGGGUAGACUUAAUAAAGAGAGAAACUGAA